AUGUCCGGUGCGCUUCAGGUGGCCAUAACAAACACACUCGAUGGGAGCACUGGUCUUGCUGGGUGGAGAUGGUUGUUUGUCAUCAAUGCGAUUAUUACCGUGGUUUGGGGUGUCCUUGGCUUUUUCAUGAUUCCCGAUUUGCCAAAUAACCCGAACCCAAGAGCUUUUUGGUUCAAAAAGGAGCAUGCUGCCAUGGCCAUGGAGCGGUUAGAGCGCCACAAUCGUGCUGAGCCGAAGAGGAUGACUUGGGUUGGUGUAAAGCGCACGUUUUCUACAUGGGUCGUGUACUUCAUCGCCGUCUUGUAUCCCGCCACGGUCCUGGGAUCUGCCGGUUACGGGUAUUUCAACCUCUUCCUGAAAAGUCUCAAACACCCCGAUGGUAGUAGGGUAUGGAGUACUUCGGAUGUGAACGCAAUUCCAAUUGGAGGUGGCGCUAUCAAUGUUGUCUUUGUUUGGGUUUGGGCACUGCUCUCGGAUUACCUUCAAACUCGCUGGACGCUCAUUAUAGCUCAAGCGGUUAUUGGAAUCAUCCCUUGCAUCAUCAUGAGCAUUUGGACCUCCCAUCCCACUUCAGUUGCGCUCUCGGCCGCCUACGCUAGCUACUUCAUAUGCUACUUGACACUGGGAACGGCCCCGUUAAUAUUUUCCUGGCUCUCCGAUCUGUAA